AUGGUCGAAUUGACAGAAGUUAGGGAAGACAACAACACCAAGGUUUUCGAAAAAGAAGAAGAGGCCCCAGCUGGAUUUCCAAGCAACAGCGAUGGCGUUGCUGAACAGGAAUCGUCAGACGAGUACUCGAGUGACGAAGAAUACGACGAAGAAGAGACAUUUUUGGAAAGAAUCAGCGCUCUGAAAGAUAUCAUUUCUCCCAAGCAUAGACAGACGGUUUCUAAAAUCUUUAAUACUUCCGUUGCGGUGGUCAAGAGCGCAUUUUCCAAAAGUGGUAACCUUGCUUGGGCUGUCACUACAUCCGCCCUUCUCCUAGGAGUUCCCCUCUCGCUUUCGAUCCUUGGGGAGCAGCAACUGAUCGAAAUGGAAAAGAGUUUCGACCUACAGAAGGACGCCAACGAUAUCUUGGUACAAGGAGAUGCUCCUGCCGCAGGUGCUGUUGCAGCAACACCAUAA